AUGUUAGAAAUCACUCAUGCUCACAGUAGUGCCAAAAGGAUCUCCCAGGCUGUUAAGAGGAAAUAUCCAAAAGAAGGAAGCUUCAAGAAACAGAAGCGGAACAAAAGCCGUAUGGAACAAAGCUUUUAUAGAAAAAGGGUCCCCUCUUUCCUAUCUUCUCAUAAUGACUCCUCAGAGCACCAUCCCCAUGAGCCAACGCAUUUACCAGAUUUUAUUUUUAAGAUAAUUAAGCUGAAGAAUUUCUGUAACAGUUCAUCAGGCUUCAAAUCUGAGAGUCUUAAAUAAUGAGGAAUUAUGGUCCCUAUUGAUGAGCAAAAAUAAAAAUCUCAAACCAAAGCAUGGUAAAUAAGUGAAUGCCUACUCAUGAGUACCUCAGAAUGGCAUCCUCUAACAUGGUGGACAAGCAAGUCAUCGUUCAGCCUAAGGAGGAGGACAAAAACUUCAAAUAAGGGCAUUGAUAAUCUAAAGAAUCACAUUAAAGUUUUUGACAAGUUUUUAAAUAUUAUUGAUAAAAAUGGCAGAUGGAAGUCCAGUCUUAGCCCUCGUGGCAAGAGGAAAAAUAAUAUGUCCUCUACGAAGUUGAUAAAUAAUAAAAAGGAGAUUCAUCUAAACCCAAAGAGACCAAGACGUAAAAGCUUCUCCACAGAUUCCUACAUGGCAGACACAGAGAAGCACUGCCUGACUUUAACAAGGAAGAGUGAACGAAACAGGAUUUCUGUCAAUGAAUCAGAAUCGCCAAGGAGGAAGAUCGGACAAGACAGCACAAGGAAGUUUUAAUAGACACUUGACAAUGCACAAGAUGGCUAGUAAUAGUUUCAGAAAGAAAGCAGAGACUCCAAAGAUAAACAUCAUCAGUGUGGGUUCCUUUGAAGGAGACCAUGGUUUAGACUCACCUAUUGGCAAACUUAAAGAAACCUCUGCUUUCGUACGGAAGAGCAAACUUGUCCCACUGGAGAUUACUGAGAGAGUAGUACCGGUGAGUCAAGGUAAAAAUAAGGUAGAUUCAACAAAGAAUUUGCCUGAUUCACCCAUUGUUUUUAAGAAUUGUUUCAAAAAUGCUAAAUAAAAGAGCACUUUUUAUGAGGAAAAAGGAAUUUCACUCGAAAUGGAAAAAGGAAAUUAAAUAAAUUCGAUAAAAUUCUUGACCUCAGGCAAAGCAGUCAGCCUGCUUUGCUGGAAGAGAAAAACAGCUUAUCCAAUUCAGAGAGGGUUCAAUUUAUACAACAAGCACUAAAUAAGGAGAUUAUUGGUAGUAUUGAUCAUGACGCUGAGAUUAUUAAUCGCAAGGUUACCCAAUCACAUCAGCAUUUUUGGAAAAUAUAUAAACACCAAAUUCCUUUGAAGUUAUAUCAAACAAAUUAUAGUCAAAAUUUGAGGAAUCAUCAUCCAAAAUCGAGUCUGGGCACAUAUAAAUCAUACGAGGGGCCAGAGCCCAAGCAGCUAAAAUCGAAAUCAAAAGUUGUAGAAUUUAUCAACCAAUUUUACACGAAUGGGAGUAAAAUUUACCCCUCAACCGUUACAGGAAAGGGUAAAGGAAUCAGGUCUUAUAGUAGGAUCAAGAAUACAAGAAUUAACCCAGCGACACCUGACAUGAAUCGCAUGGAUAACUUUCCAAAACUAUCACAAACUCCUAUAAAGACAAGCCCCCAUUUAAGUCCUAAACCUCGAGAAAUCUGCCGAAACCAAGGAAAUCUAGAGAACAGCUCCCCAGCCGGAGGCAUGAGUGCUCUCCUGAAUGCCUUCAGUCCUAUAAAGAAAAGAGAAAUUGAUUUCAAGCGUAGAAGAGUCAAGCCAUUAUUUCGGAGAGAAUAA